AUGAAUCCCCAACCACAAACUCAACAACAACCACCACCACCGCCAUUGUUACCACCACAACAACAACCACCUCCACCGCCACAGCUACAGCUACAACCAAACCGUCCCUCCACCUCCUGCGACAUCCAUCCCCAAGAGACUUUCACCGGCUUCUGCCCUUCAUGCCUCUGCGAACGCCUCGCCGUUCUCGAUCCAAACAACAACAACGCCUCCUCCUCUUCCACCUCCAACCGCAAACCCCCUACUUCCUCCACUGCCGCCGCUGCACUUAAAGCCAUUUUCCGUCCCUCCACUUCCCAACGCAAUAACCGUCCUCCUACUUCAGCUUCGUCCAACUCACUCUUCCCUGAACUCCGCCGCACUAAAUCCUUCUCCGCCUCCAAAAACGAAGGGUUCUCCGGUACAUUUGAGCCUCAACGAAAAUCCUGCGACGUUCGCGGUCGUAGCACGCUCUAUUCUCUCUUCAAUCAAGCCGACGAACGCAAAAUCCCCAAAACUGAACCUCCACGUCUCCUCCCUGAGCUUGAUACCAGAAACCUAGCUUCAUCGUCUACUGUUCAACAACCGUUCAUCGAGUCUGAAGAACACGAAGACGAAGAUAACAUUGUCGUUGAAGAAGAUUCAGACCAAGACGAAAUUAGGGUUUUAGAACCGCCACAACCACUGCAACAACGAGAGCGAGAGCUUUCCAAUGUGAUUGAGGAAACUUUUCACGAAAUCGUAGAAGAAGAGCCUGAUUUUCAACUUGAACCGGAACCAGAGUUAGUUUUUGCUGAAGAAGAUACCUUGAAACCGAUGAAGGAACACAUGGAUCUAGAUUCACAGGCGAAGAAAAGUUCAGGUCGAGAUUUAAAGGAAAUCGCCGGAAGUUUCUGGUCGGCGGCUUCAGUUUUUAGCAAGAAGCUUCAGAAAUGGAGGCAGAAGCAGAAAGCUAAGAAGCGAGGUCCUCGAAAUGGCGCUGUUUCAGGCUCAUCGACUCUAUUGCCGGUGGAGAAGCCAAUCGGCCGUCAAUUUCGGGAAACUCAGUCAGAGAUCGCGGACUACGGCUUCGGCCGUCGUUCCUGUGAUACUGAUCCACGAUUCUCGCUCGACAUAGCUCGCAUGUCGUUUGACGAUCCUCGUUACUCGUUCGAGGAGCCACGAGCUUCUUGGGAUGGUUAUCUGAUUGGAAAGACAUUUCCCAGAGUGCCUUUACCUACUAUGCUUUCUGUUGUUGAAGAUGCUCCUGUUCAUGUUCAAAGAACUGAUUCGCUUAUACCGGUUGAGGAGCCACCGCUUUUGAAUGAGAAUGGUGAAGAGAAUGUCAAUAUGCCUGGUAAUUCGACUCAGACGAAAGAGUAUUACUCUGAUUCUUCAACCAGGAGAAGGAAAAGCCUUGAUAGGUCUAGUUCUAUUCGGAAAACCGCAGCUGCUGUUGUUGCUGAAAUGGAUGAAUUGAAACCUGUUUCUAAUGCUAAGGUUACUCCUGCUACUGCUAGUGUUAAUGUUAACGCUAAUGCUAGUGUUACUGUUAAUGCUAAUGCUGGUGUUGAUUAUUUAUUACAUGGACAGAAAGUUGAUAGGGAUUUGAGGGAUUAUUCAAAUAAUUCCAAUUCUAAUUCAAAUAAUUCCUUGAGGGAUGAUUGUUCUGAGAGUUUUGAAUUGGGGUAUAGAGAUAAUGCUUCUGUUGUUGGGAGUAAUAAUGGUUAUGGUGAUCGUAAAGGAGGGUCUAAGAAGAGUUCGAGUCGAUGGAGCAAGGCGUGGAGUAUUUGGGGCUUUAUACAUCGUCGUGGUGGAGGAAAUAGUAACAAAGAGGAGGAAGAUGAUAGGUAUAGUAGUAGAGGAGGUAACGGUAAUGGGGUGGAACGUUCUUACUCGGAGUCGUGGCAGGAGUUUAGAGGGGAAAGGAAUGGGGAUGUUAGAGGUGGUGUUGGAAUUGGUAGUAUUGGUGGUGGUGGUGGUUUGAAUAGGAAGAUAUUGAGGAGCAAUAGUAGUGUGAGUUGGAGGAAUGCACCGAGCAUGGGAGGAAGCAUGGGUGGUGGAGGAGGAAUUUUCAGCGGGAGGAAGAGUGAUGUUCAGAGUAGUAAUGGGUACCUUGGAAGAAAAGCAAGGGAUGAGUUUGUGUUGGAGAGGAACAGAAGUGCGAGAUACUCUCCUAAUAACAAUAUGGAUAAUGGCGGUCUCUUGAAGCUCUACUUAACGCCUGGUGGCCGGAGAAACGGUGCUUCGAAAGGAAGGUCUAAUCAGGCACAUUCUAUUGCUAGAAGUGUACUUAGGUUGUAUUGA